AUGGGGGAGGGCACCGACGCCGCCGCUGUCGGGAUCUCCGGCUCCGGCUCCGCCCGUGUAAUACAUAAAAAAAAAACUGAAAGAAAUGGGUUAGAAUGGCAAAGGCCCAGCCAGCCCACCACCACCCCCAAGCCCAAGUCGCCCCCAACUUUAGAAGCCACGUUCCUCCCCAAUCAGCCGCUCUCCCUCCUCCUGUUCGUGCUCCUCCCUUCCAGAAACGCCUCCACCCGUCUUCCCUGCGCCCUCUCCCUCUCUAGCACCUUCCCCAAACCAGUAUAUGAAAAUGUGAAGCUCUGUGGAUUAGGCUAUCUUAAAGGCAUGGUAAAAAUAUAUCUCCUUUAUGAAAGUUGUAGAUAUUGGUCUGUAGGUUCUGAAAAUGGUUUUGGUUGCCAUCAUAUCCUUUAUGGAUUAAAAGAUAUAAAAAGAAUGUUGGUAUUGAUCUUUUGUUUUUUGUCUCUUGUGGUGGCUGCAGCUAUGCCACCAAAGAAGCGAGGCCGGUCACAGCCAAAGGACAAGGCCCGGGCAGAGGGCAAUAGUGAGGCUGAGUUGCUGGCUACAAUGCGGGAAAUGCAAAAUGAGUUGAGGACGUUGAGACAGGCUACUCGUGGGGGUGCUACACAAGCUACCCCUGGUGCUAGUGCAGCUGCUGUUGUGGGUCAGGAUGACCCUACCACUGAUGGUCCUAAGAGUGCGGUCUCACUAAAAGAGUGGGUGUGUAUGAAGCUGGAUAGUUUUGAUGGCAGUUGCACUCCAGUUCAGGCUGCUGAUUGGCUAUCAUAUGUUGAGGAUAAGAUGGAUGCUUUUGAGGUGUUGGAUCAGGACCGUGUUCGCUAUGGCACACAACUACUGAAGGGUGAGGCACAAAUCUGGUGGAAGGGUGUGCAGUCUGCUCGCACUGCUACACAUGGUCCUUUGACUUGGUCAGAGUUUGUUAAACAAUUUGAGAGGAGGUUCUACCCUGCAACCUUCCUAGACAAGAUGAAGCUUGAUCUAAACAACUAUGCUCAGGAUAAGAAGGCAGCGGCUGAGUGUGAGGUUGGCUUCAACCAAAUUAUUCGCUUUGUUCCACAUGUGGCCCAUGAUGAGGAGUGUCAAUGGUCUGGCAAGUGCUCUAUUUGUGGACAAGACCACAAGAACGUGGUUUCUAGGAAGAAUCCUAACGCUAAGCUUCGAUGGGAGCCAGUGACUUCUUCAUCAGCUUCUAGUGGGACAGUUCAGAUGAUGGCAGUGCCGCCUUCUGCUCACCUUACUGUGCCGCCUACACAACAUUGCUUGCUUGCUCCCACACCACAAUAUUUGUUGCCACCUCCAGCUACUUCACCGGUCCCUGUACCACAGUCUGGGGCUUACUGGUUGCCCAAUGCUACCACUCCUUCGACACCCAUAUUCCCUUGGGUUCCUACACCGACUGAUCCUACAGUGGGAGCCUCUUCUUCGACUGGUGCUCCGGGGGUUUAUGCUAUGCCUUCAGUUGAUAGCAGAGACCCUGGGGAUGUGGUGACAGGUCUAGCUAUGCAAAUGAUUGGGGAAGCUGUUAUGGUUAGUUCUGCAAGAGGGCCUAUUUCUAGUUCUUUUGUCUGUCCUGGUUGUGUUGUUUCUCUUGCGGAUGAAGAUUUUGUUGCUAACCUAGUGGUCAUUCCAUUAGAAGUGUUUGAUGUGAUUCUUGGAAUGGAUUGGCUUUUAUCAAUAUAA